AUGGAUAAGGCGGAGGAGGCUUCGGCGAAGAAGAAACGUGUUUCUCUUCUGAGACAAGCCACCUUUAUGGUUGAGGCUUCUGAGGAUUACACUCGGAGAAUGUGCUUCUUGGGAGAAAGCCAAGGAAGUGAGAGAGCAAAGACGAUGCUUUCUUGUAAAAGCUGUGGCAAGAAGUACCAUAAGAAUUGUGUAAAGUCUUGGGCUCAACAUAGAGGGGAUCCUAACAAGUUUGUGUUCUGCAAGAGCUGUGAUGCCGCUUACCAUUGUGAAUCUUCUUCACAUAUACAUUUUUUCAGAUUCCAGAUGGACUGCUGA